AUGGUUGAGAGAGCAAAAGUAUUAGAGAAGAACGUUCAAGAGGUGGAACAACAGAAGCAACAACAAGAGUCAGUAAGAGGACCCAUAUCUUCUAGGAACAAUGCGAAUCUGAGAAGGACGCCUUAUGCUCGUCCAGCGUUGCCUCCUAAUGCUGAUGGGUUCCAAGCUCAAUCAGUGGUUGCUGCCGGUCGAUCUGGACAGCAAGGGUCAGUGAGUUGUUUUCAAUGUGGGGGACCCCACUACAAAUCAUCAUGUCCUCAGUUGGUAGGAGGAAAAUAUUGCACUCGCUGUAGAAGAAAUGGUCAUCUGGAGAGCGAGUGUAACAUGGAAGGACGAGCGGUAAUGAAGUCACCGAACGCCGGAAGAGUUCAACAAGGUAGAGGUGGUCGAGCUCAAGCGACUAGUCGAGUAUACGCCAUAACGGGCGCUGAAGCAGCAAGCUCAGGUACACUUAUCACCAGCACUUGCUUGUUGUAUGGAAUGUCUUGUUGUGUGUUGUAUGAUUCGGGGGCAACACACUCCUUCAUCUCGAAGGCGUGCAUUGAUAAACUGGGUUUAGCUGAGAGUGAGAUGCAAUUCGACUUGGUGGUGUCAACCCCAGCGGCUGGUGAGGUUAGGACGUCUACGGUUUGUGUUAGAUGUCCUAUUAAGGUGGAAGGGCGUAGAUAUAAGAUGAACCUCAUCUGUUUACCUCUAAAAGAGUUAGAGGUGAUCUUAGGAAUGAAUUGGUUGGUUGCCAAUCGCAUUCUCAUAGGUUGUGGUGAGAAGAAGUUAGUAUUUCCGGUUGAAGAAGAAGAAGAGUUUUCAAUAACGCUCGGUCAGUUAAGGGAAGAUAUCAUGGAGGACGCGAGCUGUUAUCUGAUAAUGACACACGCGGAUGAGAAGUGUGAAGAUUUAAGUCAUGAACGAUCGCCCAGUAGCAAGCUGAGUGGAGGAAGAUCGAUUGUGGAUGAAUUCCCGGACGUCUUUCUGGAUGAAGUACCCGAACUACCUCCUCCUCGUGAAAUAGAAUUCACAAUUGAUUUGGUGCCGAUAGCAGGGCCCAUUUCUAUUGCACCAUAUAGGAUGUCACCAGCAGAGUUGGGCGAACUCAAGAAACAAAUUGAAGACUUAAUGGACAGGCAGUUCAUUCGGCCAAGUGCAUCACCUUGGGGAGCGCCAGUACUUUUAGUGAAGAAGAAGGAUGACAGCUUUCGGCUUUGCAUUGAGUACAGACAAUUAAACAAGCUGACCAUCAAGAACAAGUACCCCUUGCCUAGGAUUGAUGAUAUGUUGGAUCAAUUACAUGGGGCUACUAUAUUUUCGAAGAUUGAUUUGAGGUCUGGGUAUCAUCAGAUUCGGGUUAAGGAAGGGGACAUCCAGAAGACGGCCUUCCGGUCUCAUUACAGACACUACGAGUAUGUAGUGAUCCCGUUCGGUGUCACCAAUGCACCAGCGAUAUUCAUGGACUACAUGAAUCGCAUCUUUAGGCCGUUUUUGGACAAAUUCGUAGUCGUUUUCAUUGAUGAUAUCCUCAUCUACUCCAAGAAUUGUGAAGAGCAUGANUAUGUAUGA